CGGCAGAGAGAGGAAGUCUGUAGUUUCCAUGGACACCGUUGGUAGCAAACUGUCGGUAAAAGUUUUGAAAUAGUAAAGAGACUUGAAAUUCACGUUUCAGAAUAUUCCAGUUGAUGAAAAUGGGGGUAUCACUGACCAAGGCUGCCCUGUGGACCAGCUCCGGCAAACUGGAGUUCACGCCAAUGAAUGAGUCCUUGUUGAAAGAAAUCCUGAGCUUUGUGGAGCAGUUCAGCUCCCAACACCCACAGGAGGCAGAGCAUGUGUUUGAGGAGCCGCUCCAGUGGAGUACCACUUUAGUGGCAUCUGAUUUCAAAACAGACUAUGACAUCAGUGACUCAGAUGUACAGUCCCACGAGAAAGACAGUGAAGGGCAUCCACUGUUGCGGCUUUCCCCUCCUACUGUUUACGUACGCAGCUUCAGCCAGCUCUCUAAACUUGUUCAUCUGGCAGACGAUAAGAAGUUGGAAGAGGUUCGAGCAUGUCUAGAAGAAAAUAGAGAUCCUGUGGUUAAGAUUCUUGGUCCCUGCUUUGCUAACGUCUUGGAGAGAGAGGACACUGAUACUGAUGUGCUGGGUCUGGCAGACAAAGACCAAGCAAAGGAUUCAGAGGUCAAAGUCAAGCUUUUUCACUUGCUCCAAACUACGGACAAACUGUUCCUCAGCAAACUUCUUGAAGAAAUAUCAGAACAAGUCAGGCUCGACCCCACCACAGUAAAGAAUGACAUGGAGUUGUUGAAACAGUUGUGCAGUGGAGGGGAAAAGAGGGUGUUGAAGUCGGUUCGAUACACAUCAGAUUAUGAAUUUUCAAAUGGCUGCCGUGCCCCUUUGUGGAGACAGGUGCAUGGUGAGAUUUGUUACCUUGUAAUUGAACCUUGUGACACUGACAACCUCUACAUCACCUGCAGCACCGCUGGAGUUUUUCUCAAUGGGGGCAUAAAACAGGAGGGGGAGGAGAGUGGUUACGAGCGAACAAGUGAUAUGUAUGAAGACCUGCUAACACUUCUGAAGAGCCAAUCUCCAUAUUUUGCCAAGAACAUAAACAAGCAGGAUUUUGGAGUUCAAGAACUUCCAUCAACACAAAGGAUCCAGCAUGUGGAAUCGGUUGAUAUGGAGGAACAAGGCCAACCCCAGAGGUCUUACGAGCAACAGGAAAAGAAUGUGCAUGACAAGGCGAGACAACAGCAUACGCUGAACAAGGCAGGCGGCGAGAAGAAAUAUGAACCAUGUCCGCGAUGGAAGAAUCUUGGUCUCAUGUCUCCAUGUGGUAAAGCAGAGGAAAAGAAAUCUAGUAAGAGCUCUGGAGAGGAGAGGUCUGGUGAAAUACAGAAGAAAAAGCAGGGACCAGGAGCCAAGAGCAAGAUGAAAGCAGAAUUCUCAGUGUCCUCUUUACAUGGACGCCUGUCCUCCCAGAAAAUUAAGACCCCAGCAGGAGCCCUGCCAGUAGAACUUUCCAGUGAGAGUUCAUCUGAGAGUGAGGAGGAAGAAGAGCAGUCUGAGCGCCGUCCAGAGAGUAACACAGACCUGCCCUCUGAGUACUGGCAGAUCCAGAAACUGGUCAAGUACCUCAAGGGAGGCGACCAGACAGCCACUGUGCUCACUCUGUGUGCCAUGAUGGACUUUAAUUUGAUGCAGGAGACAUGCCAACUGGCCAUCCGGGACGUAGGUGGCCUUGAAGUCCUCAUUAACUUGCUGGAUACAGAUGAAGUCAAAUGCAAAAUCGGAUCUCUGAAAAUCCUGAGAAAGAUUAGUCACAAUGUGCAAAUCCGUCGCACCAUUGUUGACAUGGGAGGUCUGCAGAGCAUUGUGAAGAUUCUGGACUCACCGGUCAAGGACCUCAAGGCCUUGGCGGCUGAGACUAUUGCCAACGUGGCCAGGUUCCGCAGGGCGAGAAGAACUGUCAGACAAUAUGGUGGUAUCAAAAAACUGGUAAAGCUGCUGGACUGUGUCCCUAAUUUGCCAGCCUGAACUGCAAACCAGGAGAAGGAUGUGGAGGUGGCCCGCUGUGGAGCUUUAGCACUGUGGAGCUGCAGCAAAAGUACCAAGAACAAAGAGGCCAUCCGUAAGGCUGGGGGAAUCCCGCUGCUGGGACGAUUGCUCAAGUCGCCACAUGAGAACAUGCUUAUCCCUGUGGUGGGCACCCUGCAGGAGUGUGCCUCAGAGGAAAGCUACAGGAUUGCCAUUCAGACUGAGGGCAUGGUCAAUGAUUUGGUUAAAAACCUAAGCAGUGACAAUGAUGAGCUACAAAUGCAUUGUGCCAGUGCAAUCUUCAAGUGUGCAGAAGACAAGCAAACCCGUGACCUAGUGCGUAAGUACAAAGGUCUGCAGCCACUGGUCUCACUGCUGGCGAAGGCGAACAACAAGCAGCUUCUGGCUGCUGCCACGGGGGCCAUCUGGAAGUGUUCCAUCAGCAUUGAGAAUGUGGCUAAGUUUCAGGAGCACAAAGCCUUGGAGACCCUGGUUGGUCUACUUACUGAUCAGCCUGAAGAGGUGCUGGUAAAUGUAGUGGGGGCCCUUGGAGAAUUUGCCCAGAUACCUGACAGCAAGGCCACCAUCCGGAAGUGUGGAGGCAUCAAGCCAUUAGUCAACCUGCUCACUGGCACAAACCAGGCCCUGCUUGUGAAUGUAACAAAGGCAGUGGGUGCCUGUGCCACAGACAAGGAGAACAUGGCAAUCAUUGACCAGCUUGAUGGAGUCCGCUUGGUGUGGUCCUUAUUGAAAAACCCCAGUGCAGAUGUUCAGUCCAGUUCUGCAUGGGCCCUUUGUCCAUGCAUUGAGAAUGCAAAGGAUGCAGGGGAAAUGGUGCGCUCCCUUGUCGGUGGAUUGGAACUGAUUGUUAAUUUGCUGAAGUCAACAAACAACGAGGUCCUGGCAAGCAUUUGCGCCGCCAUCGCCAAAAUAGCCAAAGACAAGGAGAAUCUGGCAGUCCUCACUGAUCACGGAGUUGUCCCAUUGCUGGCCAAGUUGACUAACACAACUGAUGACAGACUCCGUCGCCACCUUGCUGAGGCUAUUGGCCACUGCUGCAUAUGGGGCAGCAACAGGGCGUCCUUUGGUGAAGCUGGAGCCGUGGCUCCACUGGUGCGCUACCUCAAGUCAAAAGACAGCACAGUCCACCAGAGCACAGCCAUGGCCCUGUAUCAGCUGUCCAAGGACCCCCACAAUUGUAUCACCAUGCAUGAGAAAGGAGUGGUCAAGCCGCUCAUCCACAUCAUGGGCUCUAAUGACGAGAUACUCCAGGAGGCUGCUGCUGGCUGUGUGCGCAACAUCCGACUCCUGGCCCUGGCUAAUCGGAAGGCCCGAUUAUUUUAUUGACAAUCGAUGAUCACUGCACCCCUUGAAAUCCAACAGGUACUGUACAGAAAUGAAUUGGGUGGAAAGAGGGGCUGUGCUUCAUAUUUGACUUUUUAAAAUAGCAAGACCCUCCCCAGGGUUAUUAGUAUUUGUGUUUGGAGCCUCCCCUUAACUUAAAAAAACAAUGCAACACCCUUCCCCCUAAACUCAGCUCUGAUUUCAAGUUGAGUGUGUGAACGGAACAAGCAUUUUUACAUAGCUCAGAGUGCACAUUAGGAAUAAAACUAGCAUUUGCCCAAAUAAUGGGAAACGUUGCGUUCCAGCUGCUCUCUGUUUCUGAACCAAGCACUACUGAAUGAACGAGAUAUUACCUCUGUUACUGAAUAAGGGAGCAAGGCACAGGUAGGAGCUCUUUGGCUGAUUUGGGGGUUCAACAUUGUAAUAUGUUCACUUCACCCAUUAGUAAAACAAAUUGUAUUAUAGUGUUGAAGUGAAGGUGACUAUUGGCUUGUGAAAAAAAUUGUGUGCUCUUUAGAGAGAUGCUGUUAAAUCCCGUAAAACUGUAAUGAUCCAUAUUUACUGUUUCUCAAAACUUUAUUAACAGUAUUCAGUUUUCAUCCAUGACGGACUAUUAAAUAUUGUUACAGAAUAUUUUGCAAUAAAGGAUGAAGUAAUAUGUGAAAGUAAGGCAAGAAAUAAAAUAAAAAUAAAAGAUACUCGCUAGUCUCAAAUCAGUCUACCAUCCUUUUAGUGAAAAGAGAAAAUACACUGCCCUCCCCCUUUUCUGAUUCCUCCUGACACCUGACACCUCCCCCUCAAUCAUUUUUGUACAGUCCCUUAGCAGUACAAAUGGGCUGGCUGUGACAGCACAGGCAAAUAUUUAUCUUAGCAUCUGUCUUGCUCUACACUAACUUCAGAGUUUGUUUCAGAUGUGUUUGAAAAUAGUUUCAAAUACAAUGUAUGAGAAAAGUGUUACAAAAUAAGUACCACAAGUGUUUCAAAUACAUUGUAUCAAAUUAUCUAGAAAGGUUUCAAAUAAAAUGUUUUGUCUU